CCGAGGUCGCAGCGAUUGGACGUAGCGGCCGUCAAGAUGGCGGCCUCCAUGUGGGGCUCGCUGCUGCGGAAGCUUCUGCAGGUGGACCCGGCAUCAGCUGCAGGACAAGUUCGAAGUUACUACGUCGACUGGAAGAUGUUACGAGACGUAAAGAGACGGAAGAUGGCGUUUGACUAUGCGGAUGAGCGGCUGCGUAUCAACUCCCUCCGGAAGAACACCAUCCUGCCCAGAGGCCUGCAGGAGGUGGCUGAUGAAGAGAUCGCGGCCCUGCCCCGCGACAGCUGUCCGGUCCGCAUCAGGAACCGCUGUGUCAUGACCUCCCGGCCACGUGGGGUGAAGCGGCGCUGGCGACUCAGCCGUAUCGUCUUCCGGCACUUGGCGGACCACGGCCUGCUGUCAGGGGUCCAGCGAGCCAUGUGGUGACAGGUGGGGGCCUGAGCCCCCCCCCCAACCCCAGGCUGCGGGGAGGCACGAGCUAGCGAGGCCAAGACUGUUCUGAGAAAGGGACGCCCAGAUUGUCCAGGCUGGGGGUCCAACCGGCGUGAUGCCCGCUCAUUUGAAAUGAAGACAUCGUGAAGUUUCCUUCGUCAGCCAAGGCUGACCGACAGUGAAUCAUCUUUUCUCCUGGAUCCUACAGUUUGGACAGGCUGUGGUUCCCCAUGUAUGCUCUGAAAACGGAAAAUAUUAAAAAGAUAGUUUCUGUGAAAAUGUGGUCUUAUAAGCCCCCCCUUUUUGUUCCCCCUCCAGUUUAAUUUUUUUAGCAGCAUCUAAAAGUGUCUGCAUUCUUUUG